CCAACAAAAUUAGGCAGGUGAUUCUACACUAUAGUGGCGCUAGAAUCGCCCACCUAAUUUUGUUGGCCACACUAAAGUGUAUUGUUUGUUAUUUAUAUAGUAUUAUAAAUUAAUGUUAGUAAACAAACAAUGGCGAACAAUUAAUUUCUACCUAUUAUAAUACUUAUAAAUUGAAAAUAUUUUAAUGCUUUCAAAUGCUUCUUAUUCUCCAUUUUCUCUACAACAUACACCAAAUGCUGGAGGUACACAAUAUAAUCAGUCAUACGGUACUAGUUUGUCUGUUUGUUCACCUAACAGUUUUUCGAUUGCAAGUCCAAGGUAUUCUCCUACUUCGCCGACAUAUUCAUCUGGUGUUGGAAGUUGAUAUUAUUUACCAUUAUCUCCCAAUUAUUCUUCAACGUCCCCAAAUUAUAGUGGACCAGAUGAGUCUUAAGAAAA